AUGGGGGGAUCCCGAACGUUCCCAGGGGGAGAAGAGGCGGCUGUGUCUUCGCUGCCUACGCUGCGCUUGAAGCUACCACUGGACAGCAGCAGCAGCAGCAGCAGCAGCAGCAGCAGCAGCAGCAGCAACAGCAGCAGCAGCAGCACCAACACCAUGAAGUCUGCUGGCCCUGGCGGAGCAGCCAGCGCUAGCGGCAGCAGCACGAAGCUAAAGAGCAGCUACCCUGCUACCAGCAGCAGCAGCAGCAGCAGCAGCAGUAGCAAGAGCAGCAGCAGCAGCAGCAGCAGCAUCAACAACAAUGUCAGCAGGAACGGUAGCGGCAGCAAAGAUAUGUGCAGCAGCAGCAGCAGCAGCAGCAGCAACAGCAGCACGCCCACCAGCAGCAGCACGCCCACUACCACCAGCAGCAGCAUCACACCCACCAGCAGCAGCAGCAGCAGCACACCCACCAGCAACAGCGGCAGCAGCAGAAACACACCCAGCAGCAGCAGCAGCAGCAGCAGCAGCAGCAGCAGCAGCAUGACUCGCAUGAGAGACAACUACAAUAGCCUACCAAGCAGCACAAACAGCCCAACAACAGCAGCAACCAGCAGCAGCAGCAGCAGCAGCAGAACACCAAGCAGCAGCAGCAGCAGCAGCAGCAGCACACCAAGCAGCAGCAGCAGCAGCAGCAGCAGCACACCAAGCAGCAGCAGCAGCAGCAGCAGACGGGUGGGUGUUCGAGGGGGCCUGCUGCUGCAGCAGCCAGCAGCAGGAAGCAGAACAGAGACAGAAGUGAGCCCGCAUGCAAGCAGCAGUCUGCUGCUGCGGCAGCAGCAACCCACCCCCAUACUUCGGCUGUCUGUACACCCCCGCACGGGGGCUGUAUCGAGAAACCACCAACCCCAGGGUUUGUCGCCGCGCACUUCCUUCAACCUCGCCCCAGCUCGACUCCACCUCAGCAGCAGCAGCAGCAGCAGCAGCAGCAGCAGCAGCAGCAACAGCAGCAGCAGCAGCAGCAGCACGGUGUAUAUACAGCAUGAAGGGUACCGCGAGCAGCUGGAGACAGCCGAAAACGGGAAUCUGCGUUGGGGGCAAAAAGAAGCAAACGACGGCAGCUGGGUGGAGAAGUGGAUAUCCCGGUGGGAGGAGACAGACCGCGAGCGGCGGGUGGAGAAGGUGGUUCAGGAGCUGCAGCAGCAGCAGCAGCAGCAGCAGCAGCAGCAGCAGCAGCAGCAGCAGCAGGAGCCUGUAGUGCUGCAGGAGUGGGAAGAAGAGGAGACACAAGACAAAGCGAGAGGUUUAAUAAAAAUAAAUAAAAAGGGGAGAGACAGGAGACAGGGAGAAAGGAGACAGUGGAGUCUCCGUCUCCUUAGAAGGCAGCCGCAGCCAGCUGCUGCUGCAGCAGCAGCAGCAGCAGCAGCAGCAGCAGCAGCAGCAGCAGCAGAUGGUGAUGAGGAGGAGGAGGAGAUAAGGGGUGCUGCGGAGGAGCUGCUGGGGGAGAGUCCGAUGGUGCCUGCAGCAGCAGCAGCAGCAGCAGCAGCAGCAGCAAAGCUGCAGCAAGGGGAAGAAAUAGAGCUCUUCGAGGAGACAAGAGGGACAGAGAGAAGGGGGCAGCUGCAGCACAGAAACACAAGCGGCAGGCUGCUGUAUGAAGCCAGGUGGAGAGAAGCAGCAGCUCCUGCAGCAGCAGCAGCAGCAGCAGAUGAAACAGCAGCAGCAGCAGCAGCAGCAGCAGCAGAAGACAGAGAGACGCUGCAGGAAUUUAUGUGGGUAGAGGAGGACGGCACCCAGAGGGGAACCAAAAAAGGAACAGACAAAAAAGUGGAGCGGAGGUUUGGUGAUGGUGAGGCCGUGGAGUGUACAGAGAGCUUUUGUAAACCCCUCGAUGGUUCUGGGGCUGCAUGCGGCAACCAGAGAAAAGAAAUACAAAAAUAUCAUGAAGACAAACUUGCUUCAGUUGAGAAUCGAUGGGGGAGAAAGAAGGGGAGCCGCCGCACGGACGGCAUGCAGUGGGGGGAGCGGUGGGAGGAGACAGAGGGCAUGCAAGACACAGCAGCACAGCAGCAGCAGCAGCAGCAGCAGCAGCAGCAGCAGCAGCAGCAGCUCAGGAUCCGCAUCCUUCUGCCAGGGGGAGAAGUAGCAACGCAGCAGGCUCUGCUGCUGCAGCAGCCGCCGAUGGAGAGGAGAAGAAGAGGGGUUGAUGAAGACGGAGUUAAGAUGAGGGAGAAGUGGUACGACAACGGCAAAGAAAAAGAAGUCGAUAGGCAAGGGGAUGCGUGGGAGGAGAGGUGGAGAGAGAAAUUUGAUGGAGAUACAAAAACAGAAACAUGGGCGGAGAAGAAAGGCAGCAACGCGCAGGGUGAGAGUUGGAUGGAGACCUGGGUGAGAGUUGGAUGGAGACAUGGGAGGAGCGUUGGGGCUGGAAAACAGCACACAAAGAAGCAACAGAUGCAUGCGGCAGAAAGAGAGUAG